UGUUUAUGUGUCUGAAAGAAGGAGACGCCGCUUGCCAACGCUGUGUUUUGGGCAGCGAGGAAAGGAAACUUGGCCUUGCUUCAGCUGUUGUUGAACAGCGGCCGAGUGGAUGCCGACUGCAAAGAUGGAUACGGCACCACAGCAUUGAUGGUGGCUUCAUACAGCGGCCAUUAUGAGUCUGUCCGGGAACUCAUCAUGCAAGGUGCAGAUAUUAAUCUGCAAAGAGAGACUGGUUCCACCGCCCUCUUCUUUGCUUCACAGCAGGGCCAUAAUGAAAUUGUCAAGCUCCUGUUUGAAUUUGGAGCAUCCACAGAGUUUCGGACAAAGGAUGGCGGCACGGCGCUCUCCGCAGCCUGUCAGUAUGGUCACUCCAAAGUGGUGGAGACCCUUCUGAAGAACGGUGCCAAUGUCCACGACCAGCUCAAUGAUGGUGCAACGGCCUUAUUUUUGGCAUCCCAAGAGGGUCAUGUGACUGUAAUACGGCAGCUUUUGUCAUCUGGGGCUAAAGUCAAUCAACCCCGAGAGGAUGGCACAGCUCCGCUCUGGAUGGCAGCCCAGAUGGGACAAAGCGAGGUGGUGAAAGUUCUGCUGCUACGAGGCGCAGACCGUGAUGCAGAUAGAAAAGACGGCUCCACGGCUCUGUUCAAGGCUGCACAUAAAGGCCACUGUAACGUCAUCGAGGAGCUCCUCAAGUUCUCCCCUUCAUUCGGCCUUCUGAAGAACGGUUCUACAGCUCUUCAUGCUGCUGUCAUGGGUGGGGAUCUAAAAACAGUUGAACUCUUGCUGAAGGCAAAUGCUGAUCCAGCUUUACCCAACAAGAACAAUGAACUGCCAGAGGAUCUGACGAAGAACGAGCGCAUCCUGCGAGUCCUCCGUCUGGCCCUGCUGAACGCAGCGAGUUGAUGACUGCUGGGUUUGCUCUUAGCUCUCUGCUGUCUUUGUUUUUGAGUUGAUGAAAAAUGAAUGCACUACAUCCUCCUGAGAGAGGAGAAAUCAGAGCUUUCCUGUCUCGUACAGCCGAUGUUAUAAUGGUGCUUGCUUGCUACAACACAAAUGCACUGAAAAGCAGAAUUGCUUAUUCUUCAUCUUGGAAAUGUUAUGAUAUAAUGUAAUGUCAUUCCCUUUUUUUUUCUUUCUUAAGCAUUUAUUACAUUUGUAUAUUUUGUAAGGAGCAGCUU